AUGUUCCCAUUCUGGGAUCUGACCUACUCGUCGAAACAUCUAUUGAGCGAACACUACAGGACUCAACUGAAAAAUGAGGCUCAAUCAGGGAAAGCAAAAAUAGAGAUUAUUGAUUCUUCGAACAAAAAACUUCACGCUUACGGAUCUCGUGAACCGCUGGCCAUUGAGUGUAGCAUCAGAGUUGAAAUCGCACUUAUUGGGUCUAACAAGCCUAAGCUCACCACUACUUUUCAUGUCAUACCUAGAGGGAUGAAGUCACUUUUGGGUCGAUCUACAUCAAGUGAUAUCGGACUGCUCAGCGUAGGAAACAUUAAUCAAUUCGAAAAGGUUCAACCUUUUCCUAAAAUGCCGGACGUUAAAGUUAGAUUUAGUAUCGACCGAACAGUCCCACCUACCAAAAGCGCCUACUAUAAUGUUCCUGCAGCGUACAGUCCUUUGUGGACAGCGACUGCGUCGAAAUCGUGGUCUUGGGGUCCGGAGCAAAGAAAAGCUUUCGUCACGGUUAAACAGCGAAUAAUCGACUGUACAAUUUCCUUGGGUUUCUUCUCGGAGUAUGAUAAGACAAUUCUCUACACGGAUGCUAGCCCUGUCGCUCUGGGUGCUGUGCUUGUGCAAGAGGAAAGCAAUGCAGCCCCGCGUGUGAUCAGUUUUGCCUCGAAGUCCCUGACACCUACGGAACGCAAGUACGCACAGAACCAAAGGGAAGCACUAGCUGCGGUGUGGGCGGUAGAGCAUUUCUCCUACUUCCUACUCGGCAGACAUUUCACACUACGUACAGAUGCGCAAGGGGUCGCGUUUAUCCUGAACAGGUCCAGAGAUGACUCAAGGCGUGCCUUAACACGUGCUGAUGGAUGGGCCCUGAGGUUGAGUCCUUAUCGUUACGAUGUCGAGUAUGUGCGGGGUAAAGAGAACAUUGCUGACCCACCGUCAAGGUUGUAUAACGCAGAAGACGUCCCGUUCGAUGAAGAGAGCAGUCCGUGGGAGAUAGCCACUCUCGAGGCAAAUGCUGUUGAAUUCCUGACUGAAACAGAGAUAAGAAACGCAACGGAUAAGGAUGAGAUUCUGAAAAAUGUUAUGAAAGCAUUAAAUACGGGAACUUGGUCUCCAGAAUUAAAAAGAUAUCAAACAAUAGAGAAAGAUCUUUUUGUAAGGGAAGGAAUAAUAAUCAAAACUGGAUGUGCUAUUAUACCAAAGGCACUUCAGAUGCGUGCUUUGGAAGUGGCACACGAAGGAAACUCGUCUACCGCGAAAAUGAAAAGUAUCAUGCGACAACGCGUAUGGUGGCCUGGAAUGCCCAAAGACGUCACCAACUGGGUCGAAUCGUGUAGGACAUGUUGUAUCAAUGGUAAGCCAGAAAGAACUACGCCUAUGGAAAGAAUAUCCAUUCCAAAAACAGCUUGGGAAGCCAUUGCUCUAGACUUCAACGGGCCUUACGUAAAAUUCGGUGGUAUUCUAAUACUUGUUAUUAUCGAUUACAAAUCAAGAUACAUUUUGGCCAAACCUAUAAAAUCUACCAGUUUUGAAUGUACAAGGAAGGUCCUUGAUGAUAUCUUUGAAAAAGAAGGAUUCCCAAAGACAGUCAAGAUCGAUAACGGACCUCCAUUUGGCGGGAAGGAUUUUGCAGACUAUUGCAAACAACGCGACAUCACAUUAGUUCUAUCGACUCCACUAUUUCCGCAGCAAAAUGGUUUGGCGGAAAGCGCCAUGAAGCUCAUAAAUAAAGCUAUGUCUGUGGCUAUCGCAGAUAAAACUAAUUACAACGAGGAGUUGAAGAAGGCAGUGAUGGCUCACAACGCGGCUGCCCACAGUAUAACUAAAGUGCCACCUGAAGAGCUAAUGUACGGGCGCAAAAUCAAGCGUGGGCUUCCCCUCCUUCUACGUAACAAGCCCGCAAUUGACGACAACCUGGUGCAGCUAAGGGACCAAGCAGCUAAGCAAGACGGAAAACAGCGUGAGGAUGCUCGCCGGGGAGCCCGAAAUUGUCGAACCAAACCAGGGGAUGAGGUGGUCGUCCAAAGAUUAACACGCAUGAAGGGGGAUUCGCGCUUCUCACCAACUAGGCACACCGUCAUUGAGGAACGAAAUGGCAGCCUCAUCCUCAGCGACAAGGAUGGAAAAAUCUCUAAACGGCACGUAUCACAAACCAAAAAAGUAAAACCGUGGCGGGAUUCAACCGCACAAUCUUCCACAAGCGAAUUCUCCAAAACUAAUAGCGAUGUUGAAUCACCACAACCAGGCAUCUCAAGCCGUUCCAGGCGUGUUAAAAGAACACCGGCGUUCCUCAAUGACUAUGUCCAAAUCGUAACCAAGCAGUAA